AUUCCUCUAUAAAAAAGGGAGAAACUAAAGCCUCAACACUGCAGAAGCCCUUAGACAGAUCAAAGCUGCAGAGCUUAUGCUCCUCACUCAUGGCCUUGCGUCUCACCAUUUUCCUACCUCUCAUCUUCUUCUUUCUCUGUCUUGCUGCUUAUGAGGUUUCAUCUGAUCCCAGAAUUGAAGGAGCAAGAGAAACAGAGCAUGCAAGUCUCAGCCAGGCAUUUCACGUUUUCACCAGAGAUAAUAGAAGACUCAUGGAAGAUAUGGUGCUAAGGCUGUCAAGAUAUCUGAACCAAGGACACCACCAGGAGGCAAAUGUAAUGGCCCCAGCAGCAGCCCCAGGUCCAGUACAUAAUCCAGUUCCCUUGGACUGUGGGGGGUUAUGCAGCCAUAGAUGCAGCCUUCACUCCAGGAAAAAUGUGUGCUUGAGGGCUUGUGGGACUUGUUGUGCCAGGUGCAAGUGUGUUCCCCCUGGCACUUCUGGCAAUAGGGAGAUGUGUGGCAAGUGUUACUCUGAGAUGACCACCCAUGGAAACAAGCCCAAGUGCCCUUAACUAUAUUAUUGUACUUAUUGUCUCUGAUCAAUAGGAACAGUAGCCCAUUCAUGGUGUAUGGGUGGGUACAAGUGUUUGGAUUUGAGAAAGUUGUGUGUCUGUGUUAGAAUGUUGCAGUGUUUGUACUUGGGAUAUGAUGUUCUGGUUUUAGAGGUGAUGUAUGUGUGGAUUAUGAGGUUGUGCUUUAAAUUAACUAGGGAAAAUGACACUUUUUCCCCCUAUGUUAUGUGCAUAUAGCACUUUUUCCCUCUGUGUUAUUAAAGUGGCAGUUUUUCCCCCUGAAA